UUUUAUUGUCUAAGCACCAGUAACCAAGUUUUCUGAUAUUGAAGCUAUCUGGAUCCAACAUGUAGCAGAUAACUACUAUGCCGCCAUACUUCUAGACCACAUUUUGUCUUUUAAACCUCCUUGUAUAUCAACAGUGAACAAAUUAUCUUUAUUCCUCUUUUGGAUUUUAUUAACUAAAAUUCAAGUUGGAUUUCAAGUGGUAUUAAUUAAACUGAGGAACAAUGAGUAGUAGUCUUGGAAAAGAAAAAGAUUGUAAAGAGAAGGAUCCCAAAGUGUCUUCAGCAAAAGAAAGGGAGAAAGAGGCCAAGGCCUCUGGUGGAUUUGGGAAAGAAAGUAAAGACAGAGAAUCUAAGACCAAAGGGAAGGAAACCAAAGAUGGGAAGAAGGACUCCAGUAGUGCACAGCCAGGCGUGGCUUUUUCAGUAGACAACACAAUAAAACGGCCCAAUCCAGCUCCAGGGGCCCGUAAAAAGUCCAGUAAUGCUGAGGUGAUCAAAGAGCUAAACAAAUGCCGGGAAGAAAAUUCAGUACGUUUGGACUUGGCUAAGAGGUCUAUACAUCUGCUCCCAUCAUCUAUCAAAGAGUUAACCCAGUUGACGGAACUUUAUUUAUAUGGAAAUAAGUUACAGUCACUACCUGCUGAGGUAGGCUGUCUUGUGAAUCUGGAAACUUUGGCCUUAAGUGAGAACUCACUCACCAGCCUUCCGGACUCUCUUGGUAACUUGAAACAGCUUCGCAUGGUUGAUCUACGGCAUAAUAAAUUGAGAGAGAUUCCUCCUGUGGUGUAUAGGCUAACUUCCCUUACUACACUUUAUCUGCGCUUUAAUCGUAUCACUGCAGUGGAAAAGGAUAUCAAGAACUUGUCCAAUCUCACCAUGCUAAGCAUACGGGAGAACAAAAUCAAACAACUCCCUGCAGAAAUUGGUGAGUUGUGUAACCUCAUAACGCUGGAUGUAGCCCACAAUCAGCUUGAACAUCUUCCAAAGGAGAUUGGCAAUUGCACACAGAUCACCAAGCUUGAUCUACAGCACAAUGAACUUUUGGACCUUCCAGACACUAUAGGAAAUCUAUCUACUUUGAAAAGCCUUGGUCUGAGAUAUAACCGUCUCUCAGCAAUACCCAGGACUCUAGCACAGUGCAGUAAACUUGAUGAGUUAAAUUUGGAAAAUAACAUUAUUUCUACUUUGCCAGAGGGUCUCUUAUCCAGUCUUGUGAAUCUGACUAGUCUAACUCUGGCACGGAACUGUUUUCAAUCUUAUCCUGUGGGUGGUCCUUCACAGUUCUCUACUAUCUACGCUCUAAAUAUGGAACAUAACCGCAUUAACAAAAUUCCUUUUGGAAUUUUUUCUAGAGCAAAAGUAUUAAGUAAGCUGAACAUGAAGGACAAUCAGCUGACAUCACUUCCCCUGGAUUUUGGGACAUGGACUAGUAUGGUGGAACUCAAUUUAGCGACAAAUCAACUCAACAAAAUUCCUGAGGAUGUAUCUGGACUUGUUUCUCUUGAGGUUCUUAUUUUGUCAAAUAACCUCCUAAGAAACCUCCCACAUGGCAUUGGAAAUUUGAGGAAACUGAGAGAAUUGGAUCUAGAGGAAAAUAAGCUGGAAUCUUUGCCAAAUGAAAUAGCAUACCUUAGGGAUCUGCAGCGACUGAUCCUAACGAAUAAUCAGUUGAGCACUCUUCCUAGAGGAAUUGGUCACCUUAUCAAUCUGACACAUCUGGGGCUAGGAGAAAACUUUCUUACACAGCUUCCUGAGGAAAUUGGUACACUGGAGAAUCUGGAAGAACUGUAUCUAAAUGACAACCCACAUCUAAACAGCCUUCCUUUUGAACUGGCUCUUUGCAGCAAACUAUCCAUAAUGAGCAUUGAGAACUGUCCACUCAGUACCCUUCCAGCUCAGAUAGUUGCAGGUGGACCUUCCUUUAUCAUCCAGUUUCUCAAAAUGCAAGGACCAUAUCGAGCCAUGGUCUGACUGAUAUCUUCCCCGAUGAUGUACAAAAUAUAAAUGGCUUUUGUGGUGUCAUUAUGUAUAUAGUAUCUAGGCUACAUGGUGCCCAGUGUGGAUAAAAGAUGGAUUGUCCCGUACACUCUACUAAAUGCAAACUGCACUGUUAGUAUUGUGUAUGUGU